UUUUGAUCGCGCGCGUCACAGCAGCGCAGCCACGAGACGCACGCGAUCUCCUGUUUGCAUUUGAACUCGCGCGGUCGGCAUGGUCUUUGGUCGCUUCAUCGAUGUCCAUUGAUGGAACACAGUAACAGUCUAAGGUUUUGGUGCUAAAAGUGGAAAAACCCGCACCGAAGUUCAACUUGUGCAUACGGAUGCUUUUUGGCGACGAUGCGUUGCUCUUCCAGAUUCGUUUUUCUUCUCCGUGUCAGACGCGUCUUACCGAAUUAGCGCUUCGUCGUGUGAGAGGAGGGUGUGUGAGUGAUUACCAGCGGCUGGGAUCCAGCGGAGAGAUUUCCCUAGGUGGAAUGCCUUAGUCCCAGCCAAACGGUUUCCCAAGACAGCGACAGCGAGCCGCCGGUGAACCAUGGACCCCUGGAUCUUCCCGUCGUCGGCCCUCAACCUGACGGAGCCCCUGAUGUACGAGAGCUUCGUGCAGGCCAACGACUCGGAGGGCCACGGCAACUACACCGACCCCAGCUUCGACCGCACCAGCACGGUGGUCCUCACCUGCCUGUACUUCCUGGUGUGCACGGUCGGCCUCUGCGGCAACGCGCUGGUGAUCUACGUCAUCCUGCGCUACGCCAAGAUGAAGACCGUCACCAACAUCUACAUCCUCAACCUGGCAGUGGCCGACGUCCUCUUCAUGCUGGGCCUGCCCUUCAUCGCCAUCCAGCUGGCGCUGGUGCACUGGCCCUUCGGCCCCGUGCUGUGCCGCGUGGUGAUGACGCUGGACUCCCUGAACCAGUUCACCUCCAUCUUCUGCCUGAUGGUGAUGAGCAUCGACCGCUACCUGGCCGUGGUGCACCCCAUCCGCUCCACCAAGUGGCGCAAGCCCCGCAUGGCCAAGACCAUCAACCUGACGGUGUGGGGCGUGUCCCUGCUGGUCAACCUGCCCAUCGUCAUCUACAGCGGCCUGAUCACCAAGCACGACGACUGCUUCUGCACCAUCGUGUGGCCCGAGCCCCAGGAGGCCUACUACACGGCCUUCAUGUUCUACACCUUCAUCCUGGGCUUCUUCCUGCCCCUGAUGGUCAUCUGCAUGUGCUACCUGCUCAUCAUCGUCAAGCUCAAGUCCUCGGGCCUCCGGGUGGGCUCCACCAAGAGGAAGCGCUCCGAGCGGAAGGUGACGCGCAUGGUGUCCAUCGUGGUGGCCGUGUUCGUCUUCUGCUGGCUGCCGUUCUACGUGUUCAACGUCACCUCGGUGACGGGCACCAUCAGCACCACGCCGGUGCUUCGGAGCACCUUCGCCUUCGUGGUGGUGCUGGGCUACGCCAACAGCUGCGCCAACCCCAUCCUGUACGCCUUCCUGUCGGAGAACUUCAAGAAGAGCUUCCAGAACGUGCUGUGUCUGAAGAAGGUGGGCGGGCUGGACGAGAUCGACCGCAGCGACAGCCGGCAGGACAAGUCGCGCAUCAUGAACGAGCCCACGGAGACCCAGAGCACGCUGCUCAACGGGGACCUGCAGACCAGCAUCUGAGGAGACCGUCGCCGCCAUCGCCGCGGGGGGGGGAAAGGCGGUAGCAGUAGCAGUAGAAUUAGCAACCGCGUACGUCACAAACAAAUUGAAUUGGGAACGGGAACCGCCCGGUUUGCAUGUGUUGCACAGAGUCGCAGUUUGCGUGUUGAUCAGCACAGGCGUGCACACGGUCUCACAACACUACAGAGGAUCUGGUGCUGGCCCAACAACAGAGAGAAACAAGGGUGGCAGGCAUGCAGGGGGGGGGGGGGGGGGGACAGAAGAGAAACAUGGCACAUUAUCAAAGUCACAUGGUCAGUCUGAUUGAACAUCAAAUAUGCCUAACAGAACAAAUGUAUCUUUCGUCCCUCCUGAACUGCAAACACAUUUCAUUGAACCGCGAAAGCCUCACACCCACAAAUGUGUUUGUUCAACGUGUUUCUGCUGUGAUCGUGCAGAUUGCGUUAUCGAUAAAAAGUGUGGCCGACGGGUGAAAGUGCACUAACUGAGAUGGUCAACAGGUCCCUGCGAGAUAUGGAUUUUCCAACAUGUGCCCAUUUUGACUUCCCUUUAAUGGAAUAAGGAUAUGUGUUUACCCUUUCAGCUGGGUCUGUGUGUGUGUGUGUGUGUGUGUGUGUGUGUGUGUGUGUGUGUGUGUGUGUGUGUGUGUGUGUGUGUGUGUGUGUGUGUGUGUGUGUGUGGGGGGGGGGGGGGGAUAAGGACUUUUACAUACAGUAUAACCCUCCCCCCCUCCCCGCCCUUCCUUUGUACGGCUGAGCGAUGACCGACCAGGAAGAUAUUGGUUUUGUGUAAAUUCUCCUUUCUAGCAUGUCGCUUCACAGGCCCGACGCAGUGCAGGGAUUCGCUGGUGGGCGUAUGAGAAUCAUCAAUCAGUGGUUUGAUGGCACACAACCGGAGGGAACAAUUACACGGUCAACAAGUCCUGCGCUGUUGGGGUAAAGCCGUCUGGCCGGAAUGAAUUUAGGUGGCAUCGCAUUAGGAUGUGUUACCUGGAGCUAUAAACAACAGGUUCAAUGAUAGGGAUUUCUCUUUGGGGGGUAGGAUUUUCCUUCUGUGAGUGAUUUAUGUUCCUGCAUUUCUGUGCUGUCUUACAUAUUGUAUAUAUGUAUAGAUAUAAAGAAUGAUGGAAACUGUAUAUUAUUAUACUAUAAGAUUAUA